GUGUUACAUGCCUUGCGCAGUUAAUUCAGUUUAGCCAGGAGCCGACUGCGCAUGUGCACGGUCCCGUCAAAGAUGGCAGCCCCUGUAGACUUAGAAUUGAAAAAGGCCUUUGCUGAGCUGCAGGUGAAGGUGAUGGACACACAGCAGAAAGCAAAGCUGGCAGACCUGCAGAUUGAACAGCUGAACCGCAUGAAGAAGCACGCACACCUGACCGACAGUGAGAUCACCACUCUGCCAGACGAGACCCGCAUGUACGAGGGGGUGGGAAGAAUGUUUAUCCUGCAAUCUAAAGAAGUGAUUCACAGUCAACUCCUGGAAAAGCAGAAGGGAGCAGAUGAGAAGAUAAAGGAACUUGAGCAACGCAAGACCUACCUGGAGCGGAGUGUGAAGGAUGCAGAGGACAACAUCCGGGAGAUGCUGAUGGCAAGGAGGUCUCAGUGACGCAGGGAGCAGCACAGGAACAUGCCACCACUUUGUUCUGUUUUUUUUGUUUUGUUUGUUUUUUUUAUUAAUAGCUAUUAAUUGUUUUGCAUACAAUGUCUUGCAGAAACCAGACAGCUUAAUAAAAAAAAAUGUGUGGAGUUA